AUGUCUUCGCUUGCAUUCAUUCCUCGCAAAUUAUCCAAACGCCCUUCCAGCGCGAGUGAUACCGCCAAGAAUGCGCGGGCUGCUCCUUCAUCUACCAUAUCUCGACCAAGCUCGCAGAUCUGUUCUGAAGGCCCCAUCGCACCCUUGGAGACCCCGUCAGACACAAAUGAAUCACGAUCGAAGGGAAAACACAGAGAGCAGCGGUUCAUUGAACCCGAGUACGCGUCUCUGAUAUCGAUGUCGUUGUCCGAUCAUGCCCUAUGGCUUAAUGGCGAUCUCCGGCAGUCCAUUGAAUCAUCUAGUGAACGAUUUGUCCCACUUAGUCGCAUUGUGCGUCUUUCUCCCGUCUUCUCAGGACUGCGGGAUGCGAUAUCAGAGGUCGAACUACUCAAGAGCAUCAGAGCGCACUUGAACGAUCAAUGUGAAGUUAGGAUGGUCGUCGCUGCGCCCUCCAAGGCGAACUGGUACACUCCGGACGCUUCUCGCGUGAAGGUGGUCGGUGGUGGCUUUGAGAUCCGGAGGAAGGCUUGGGCCAGGGAGGAGACUCUUGUGGCUCACUACGCGGGAGAUUACUGGGAUGCUAGGACAGUCUAUAUCGAGAACUGCCCUUCACGACAUCGGACCCUCCCAGGUAUCUAUGGAAUGGUCGUCGACUUGCUCGCUUCAAACUGUGCUCGAGAGAACUUGUCCUCAAAAAAUGCAUCACGAAUACAGAGUAUAACUCUUCCACCGCAUCACCUUGACAAACCCGGAGACCCCCCGAAAUGCAAGGGGUUUGCGCUGGUGACUCUCUCUUCCGCCGAGGACGCGGAAUUCAUACUUGCCGCAUGGCCUUGGGAUCCUACAUCUGCUCGUCAUAAGGAGAACCCCGUGCCGAGUAUCGUUCAGGAGUGUGUAAAGUUCGGUUUCAGGUGCCUUUCCAAGCGAGAGUGGAGUAAGCGUCAAGAUGAAUACCUUGCGUAUCGCCAAAAGCUUCUGCACGAAAUUGUGGCAGCGGACGCCGAACAAACAGGGCCACGAUCAGUUCCUCCCCCUUCGGUCUCAGAAAGCACGGUCACAGAGAGUCCGGCCAUACCGCCUCCGUCUACAGCGGCUGAACCAUCCCCCGCAAGCACGCAGCCAUGGUCGCCUUAUCCUCUCGACUGCCUCGUGUUUGUGCGGCGCGUGCAUCCACAAACGAACAAAACAACCCUCCGCACCUUAUUUUCCGUCGCUUUCAAAUUGCGUGCCCAGCCUCCCUCAGCCGCUCCAUCCGACGGUAUUGACUAUGUCGAUUUCACCAAGGGCCUAGAUACGUGUUACCUGCGUCUUGCAAGCGCCAAACAUGCCCAGAGGCUUGUCGACUACUUCAAGUCACAUCCCACCGUACAGCAGGAUGGGUUGGACGCCGGGUCUGAGCAAGACAUAGCGGGGGAUGGAACAAUAGUUCUAGAGUUGGUACAGGGCAGGAAGGAGCAACUGUAUUGGGAGAAGGUACCGGAGAAAGUUCGAAAGCAAGCAGUGGAAAAAGCGAUCACGGAUUCGCCAGCUCCGGAUCGAAAUGGGGAAAUGGAAGUGCAGGAAGGGGAUGGUAGGAGACGCAAGCGAAGGAGAAGGGGUUAA